AUGCAAGUCCAGCGGGAAGUACCUGAAGAUAUGGUGUGCAAGGACAAGUUCUUAAUCCAAAGCUCAGUGGUUCGUGCUGAAACAACCAGUGAUGAGGUUACUUCCAACCUGUUUGUUAAAGAUGGAAGUAAAUAUAUAGAAGAAAACAAGUUGAAGGUGACACUGAUCAGGCCACCGAAUUCACCCCAUUUCUCUCCUAUUAAUGGAGACUUCAAGCCUGGUCUUGAGCAUGGAAAGAUUCAGAUAUAUAGUAAAGAUGAAAUCCAGUCGCCAGAGCCCAUGGUUCUUAAAAAUCCAGACAUGGGUCAUGAGGUAUUAAAGCUAGAAGAGGAUAUGGAAUUGAGGCCAGAUUAUUAUAUGGGGUUGGACACUAUGAAGGAUGUAGAGGAGCCAAAUGAAGAAACAUCGCUAAAAGUGUCAAAAGAUAAGGAGUUGAACAUGGUUAAGGAUGUAGAAGUGUCAAAAGAUGUGGAUUUGAGCAAUGUAAAGAAUGCAGAGGAGCAGAAACCAGAAAAAGCAACAGAGUUGAAAGUGUCUAAAGUUCUGGAUUUGGACAAAGUGAAGAAUGAAGAGGAGCUGAAACCAGAGAAAGAAGCAGGGUUGAAAGUGUCAGAAAUUCAUAAUUUGAACCCAGUAAAUACUGUAAAGGAACUGAAGCCAGGAACAGAGUUAAAAAUGUCAACAGAUCUGGAGUUGAAAACAGUAAAGAAUACCAAGGAACUGAAGCCAGAAAAAGGAAGAGAGUUAAAAUUGUCAGAAGAUAUGGAGUUGAAAACAUUAAAGAAUGUUGAGGAUCUGAAGCUAGAAGAAGAAACCGAGUUAAGAGUUUCAAAGAGUAUAGAGGAGCUCAAGUUAAUGAAAGCAAUUGAAGAGAUGAAAUUAAAGCUCGAUGGACUUGAGUCAAAACUAAAUGAUGAGACAGAUCUUAUUAAUAAAGCUUCUAUGUGGUGGCGCUUAUCUGCGUCUAUAUAUGGUGGCACUUAUCUGUGUCUUCUUUUUGCAUCGAUCAACUUUGUCUAUAUAUGGUGGCACUUAUCUGUGUCUUCUUUUUGCAUCGAUCAACUUUGUCCCACUUCUAUAUGUCUGCAUGGUGGCGCUUAUCUGUGUCGCUUAUUGGGAUACCGCUUUUUAGUAGCAGAAGUUUAG